AUGUUUCCACAAAGGUUUCAGACUCUUUCACCCACAAACCCUUUGUUGUGACUGUUGAAGAAGUUGGGGAAGAGAAAACUGCCCCAGAAGAGGCUGUAGGGGAAGAUGAAAUCAUUCUGGAUCUGGAUGUACCUGACUCUGAAGUGGUUAAAGAAGUUACCCCACAAGGUGAGGAGCCACCCUCGGAAAUCAUGGCCGAAGAAUUCCUCACAGAAGCUACUAUUGUGGCUCCUACAGACCCUCCGUCAGAACCGGCUACAGAAGCUGCCACACUGGAAGAAUUAGGGCAGGAAUUAUCCCCGGAGCCAGUCGUAACGGAGCAUACCCCAGACACAAGUGUCGCGGUUGUUGAGGGUGCAAAAGUUGAAGAAAUUCCAGACAAAUUUUUAGAUAUCACCCCAGCAGUAGCCUUGACUUUUGAGGAACAAACAACAGAUGAUCCAGAAUUAGUUGAGGCAGAAAGUUUCGAAGAACCCGAGGCCGUUGCAGAAGAAAGACAAAAUGAAACCAAAGUCGGCAUGGAUGCAACUCCAACUGUAUUUCUGAUUACAGAUUCAGAAGAAGAAGAAGAAAUAUUUAUAAAUGUGACUCCAGAACUAGAAUCUGUCUCUGACAUGACAACAGAGGCUCCUUCCCAGGCCUCGAUUCUGACGCCAACAGACGAGAUAGCAUCAGAUGUUAGUGAAGACGUUGGGGCAGAAGACACACCAACACUAAUGUCUGAGGUUACUUCUGAGCCUGUCGUCGUCAUCUUACAAGACUACGGGGAUGGAGACACGGAGGAAAUGCCACCAGAUGUAGAAGAUGAUACGACUGAAAUGGAGUCCACUGAGGUGAUAACAGCAAAGACAGAUGUAAUUGAGGCUGAAGAAGACUUAGCAGUUGAAACCGAAGAUGUCACAGUGGCAGAAGACGAAAAACUACCCCAAGAAACAGAGGAGGCAACCGUUACCCAAGAGGGUAGACCAGAAGAACCAGAUGAAGCUACGAUAGAAGAAGGACCAGUGAAGACAAUUGAUGACACUACAAAAGGAGGAACAAUUGAGGCUACAGGAGAACCAGCUGAAGGUCCAGAAUUGCCGGAGGAACCUUCAGAACCUGGAGAGAUAGAAGGAGCAGACGUAACGGAAACUGCACAAGAACCAGAACUUGUAGAAGUAGACCCUACAGGAGGGGCUGCACAACAAGAAGGACCUGCAGAAGAAUUUCCUGAAGAGACAGGACUCAUAGGAGAGCCAACGCAAGAACCAGAACUUAUAAAAGAAUCUCCUGAAGAGACAGAACUCAUAGAAGAGCCAACGCAAGAAGCUGAACUUGUAGAAGAAACUGUAGAAGUAGACCCUACAGGAGGGGCUGUGCAACAAGAAGGACCUGCAGAAGAAACUCCUGAAGAGACAGAACUCAAAGAAGAACCAACGCAAGAACUCGUAGAAGCUGCAGAAGAGACUGAAACUACAGAAGGAACUGCACACAAAGUAGAACUUGUAGACAAAACUGCCGAAGAAGCUGAACUCAAAGAAGAACCAACGCAAGAACUCGUAGAAGUUGUUUUCAUCCCAGAGGACACAGAGACUCCGAGUGAAAUAUCGGAGUUUCCCGAAAAUGUAGAAAGUGAGGACAGUUUCCUGGCUGUCCCAGAGGAAGAUAAGGGUUUCUCCCCAGAUGUUCCAAAGCCAGACAAUCCAGAGGAAAUCGUAACGCUCACGUCUGAGUCCGUGGCCGAAAUCACCCCAGAAACGGUGGUCGAGGUCGCCGCAGACGCCACGACCAAGUACGUGUUGGAGUACAACAACGGAAACUUCCCCGAUCUAACGAAGGCGCCUUUUGAAGCCGAUGACAACCUGCUCGGAAACAACGACUUUGGCUUGGAUGACUCGAUCGGUAACGAGAUCUCCGACAGCUUGCUGUUGCCCCCGAGGCCCCUGAAGGACCUGGUGGUGGAGCUGAGCAUCAAACUCCGAUCAGAAACUUACAACGAUGCUCUGAGAGACCCGAGCAGUGUCCAGUACCAACAUCUGGCCCGGCAGUUCACACGCAGGAUCCAGGAGGCCUUCGAGAGGCUGCCGGGCUUCAAGAGCAUCUCGGUCCUGGAGUUCAGGCCUCAGAAGGACCUCGAGCGAGGUCUGGUGGUCCUGGUCCACUACGCCAUCGUGCUGGAGGUCUCUGGUGGGCGUGGCCUCACCAACUCCACGCUGGACCUGAUCUCUCUGCAGAACCAGCUGGUGGAGAAGACCUACCCCGGCUCCGCCGAGACCCCCACGGUGGUCUACACCAUCACCGACUUCAGGAACUACAUCACCGAGGCCCUGCACCGGGACCAGGACUACAACACCCAGGACCUGCACCGGGACCAGGACUACAACACCCAGGACCUGCACCGGGACCAGGACUACAACACCCAGGACCUGCACCGGGACCAGCUGCUGCUAGGCAACGGCAGCCUGGAGACACUGGAGAAUGUGGAGAACUUGCUGCCUGAUGUGAAACCUACGAGUCGCCCAGCUGACCCCUCCCACAGCAUGGAUAACGUGCUGGCAGCAGAGAAGCCUCCGGACGCUCCGAGCCACGAGGCCGACGCCACCAACGUUUUCCUCAACAAGGACGACUUCCUGUUGGACCCUCUCGACCAAUGGGAAGGCCCGCAGGUCGCCGCGCUCAGCGAGAACGACGUCUUCCUGUUCGACGAGAGCACCGGUCCUCUGCCAGCCGCCAAGAUCCCCGAGAAGAGCACACACACACACAAUGCUGGUCGUGUUGAAGCCGAAGGGUUCCUGCUCAGUGACGAUGCUGCCCACGGAGACGAUGGCGCCCCCCCGGCGGGCGCCGUGGCUACCCCGGCGGGCGCCGCAGCAGACGAAGGGUCCGGUUCUGGUUUCUCCGGAGACGGACCGGAAACAGACGCCUGGUCACGGCCAGCGGGGGGGGCCUCAGACGGGACUCUCAGUCUCGAGCCCUACGUGGAGGCGCUGCCACCUCCUGACCUCGAGGAAACGGAGGACGAAGAUUCGGACUCGGCGGCCCUUGGCGACGAUGUCAUCGCGCCAGAAGUUGAGUCCACGACGCUUCCUGCUUCUUCCGAAGAAUCGGCGCUGCACGGCGGCCCUGAAGAACUCUUCCCGGACCAGGUUCUGGUCACUGCCAACCCUCGGCGCUCAACCACCACCGAAGCGCCUGUUUUCUCCCCGAGAGGAACCCUCACCGUGGAGCUCUCUCUGGAGACGGACGAGGCUUCUGGCGUCUACGACGACUACUAUUUACACGGGCAACGUAUGCACGCCGAAAAGCUUCCAGAAACUACUGAAGAAGUAGCGGAAGAGCUCCCAAAGCUCCCAGUAGCAGAAGAGAUCCAAGAGCUCCAAGUAGCUGAAGAGGUCCCAGAGCUCCCAGUAUCAGAAGAGCUCCCAGUAACGGAAGAGGUCCCAGUAUCUGAAGAGCUCCCAGAGCUCCCAAUAGCUGAAGAGGUCCCAGUAUCUGAAGAACUCCCAGAGCUCCCAGUAGCAGAAGAGCUCCCAGUAUCUGAAGAGGUCCCAGAGCUCCCAGUAGCUGAAGAGCUCCCAGUAUCAGAAGAGGUCCCAGUAUCAGAAGAGGUCCCAGUAGCAGAAGAGGUCCCAGUAGCAGAAGAGGUCCCAGUAUCAGAAGAGCUCCCAGAGUUCCCAGUAGCAGAAGAGCUCCCAGUAGCUGAAGAGGUCCCAGAGCUCCCAGUAGCUGAAGAGGUCCCAGAGCUCCCAGUAGCAGAAGAGCUCCCAGAGCUCCCAGUAGCAGAAGAGCUCCCAGUAGCAGAAGAGCUCCCAGUAGCUGAAGAGGUCCCAGAGCUCCCAGUAUCAGAAGAGCUCCCAGUAUCAGAAGAGCUCCCAGUAGCAGAAGAGCUCCCAGUAGCAGAAGAGGUCCCAGAGCUCCCAGUAGCAGAAGAGCUCCCAGUAGCAGAAGAGGUCCCAGAGCUCCCAGUAGCAGAAGAGGUCCCAGUAUCAGAAGAGGUCCCAGAGCUCCCAGUAUCAGAAGAGCUCCCAGUAGCUGAAGAGGUCCCAGAGCUCCCAGUAGCAGAAGAGGUCCCAGUAUCAGAAGAGGUCCCAGAGCUCCCAGUAUCAGAAGAGCUCCCAGUAGCUGAAGAGGUCCCAGAGCUCCCAGUAUCAGAAGAGAUCCCAGUAUCAGAAGAGCUCCCAGUAGCAGAAGAGGUCCCAGUAUCAGAAGAGGUCCCAGAGCUCCCAGUAGCUGAAGAGCUCCCAGAGCUCCCAGUAGCUGAAGAGCUCCCAGUAGCUGAAGAGCUCCCAGUAGCAGAAGAGCUCCCAGUAGCAGAAGAGGUCCCAGUAUCAGAAGAGGUCCCAGAGCUCCCAGUAGCAGAAGAGCUCCCAGUAGCAGAAGAGGUCCCAGUAUCAGAAGAGGUCCCAGAGCUCCCAGUAGCAGAAGAGCUCCCAGUAGCUGAAGAGCUCCCAGUAGCUGAAGAGCUCCCAGAGCUCCCAGUAGCAGAAGAGGUCCCAGUAGCAGAAGAGCUCCCAGUAUCAGAAGAGCUCCCAGUAUCAGAAGAGCUCCCAGUAGCAGAAGAGCUCCCAGUAGCAGAAGAGGUCCCAGAGCUCCCAGUAGCAGAAGAGCUCCCAGUAACACCAGUUGGGUUUGAAUCAGGAGAAGAGGUACCAGACCAGGACAAGGUCCCAGUUCUCGUUGGUCCUGAAGUCCCGGGAGUCCCUGAACGCGACACUUCGUCGCCGGACGCAGUCGAGGUUAUGGACGGGCGGCCAAUCGGCGCGCUGACGACCGUCGCCAUCGGCGACGACGAAGACGAAGACCUGGCUCUCGAUGAGGUCAUGGUUGUUACCGCGACGACCACGGCUCCAUCCUCCAUCGUCGCGCUCUCUCCCGAGAAGGACUCGCCGUUCACUCGCGUGUCGGACUCGGCGCCAGAUGACGAGGAAGCGGCGCCGCCGAACCACGAGGACCAAUCGGAAGAGGUUCCACCGAGCGACCUGACUCCUGCCGUUCUUCGGUACACGCCGGAACCGUCUGGCGUGACCCGAAUGUCUCCCGUCGCUACGGCGCCACACGAAAUCGCCUCAGGAAGCGAAUCGGGCGGCGAAAGCCUCCGUGCAACGAGUUCCUCGCCGCAGGAAGCCCCCGGCGUGCCGAGCGUGUUCCCGUACGCCGGCGGCGGCGACGGGGACGGCAGCGGGUUCUCCAGCGGCGCCAGGGGCUCGGCGCCGGACGGCGUGGCGCUGCCGACGCGGCCGGGCCGGGCCCUCACCGUGUUCUUCAGCCUCCGGGUCACCAACAUGGCCUUCUCUGCUGACCUGUUCAACAGGAGCUCUCUGGAGUACAAAGAGCUGGAGCAGCGCUUCACUCAGCUGCUGGUUCCCUACCUGGAGUCCAACCUGAACAGCUUCCAGAACCUGGAGAUCCUGAACUUCAGGAACGGCAGCGUUGUGGUGAACAGCCGGAUGGUGUUCGGCCAGCCGCCCCCCCGCGGGGUGGACCACGUGGUCUACCUGGUCCUGGAGGACCUCGCCGACGCCGCCUACCACACCAUGAACAUCAGCAUCGACAAGCACUCGCUGGAUGUCCAAUCAGGUGAGCGUGCCGACCCCUGUAGGUUCCAGAUGUGUAACUCGGCCUCCAGCUGUGUGGUGAACCGGUGGUCCGGUGAAGCCGAGUGUGUGUGUGCGGCCGGCUACGUCAGCGUGGACGGGCUGCCGUGCCGGAGCGUCUGUGACCUGCAGCCGAACUUCUGCCACAACGACGGCAAGUGUGACGUCAUCGCAGGCAAGGGAGCCAUCUGCAGGUAA